AUGAGAUCAACCAGUUGCUGCAUCCGUCUUUACCCUACACCAACUACAAACGCUUCUCUCAUCCCCACAAACCCACCUCAAAUUUCCUUGGAGAAAAAUAGAGGAAGCUGGAAAAGGCCAUGCGUUGUGAUAGGAGUAGCUUCGUGCUUCACUAUAAUAGGACUACAAUUCAACAAUUCAGUGAUAUCAUCCCAUGAAGUUGUUGUUGUGCCUAAGGAGGAGAUCAUGGUUGUGACCAUGUCAAAUUCAAUGGAUGAUGAUGAUUAUGACGAGCAUGAGCACUUGGUUUUGGUUGGUGGUGUGGCUAAAUGGAGUCAGAAAAGGAUGUGUCCAUCUUGGCAAGGAAAUAAUCCGCUUGAAACCAUCGUGCCGGAGAAUCUGCCACGGCCAGCAGCGCGACGGCGAUACGAGGCGGUUCGCUCCGACUCCAAGACUGCGCCGCCGCUCUCGCUUUCUUCCGUCAAACUAACAACCAGCAGGGGUGAUUGUUUCUCCAUGUGA